UGAUGACUUGUGUAGCCCCAGCAGUGCCACCUGUCAGUGUCCAUCAGUGCCAGCUGUUAGUGCUCAUCUAUGCUACCUGCCAGUGCCCAUCAGUGCCACAUCAAUGCCACAUAUCAGUGCCUACCAGUGCACAUCAAUGCCACAUAUCAGUGCCCAUCUGAGCUUCCUUUCAGUGUCACCCAUCAGUGCCAGUCAGUGCCACCUAUCAAUUGCCAGUCAGUGCCACCUAUCAGUGCCAGUCAGUGCCACCUAUCCGUGAGCAUCAGUGCCACCUAUCAGUGCCCAUCAGUGCUGCCUAUCAGUCCUACCUAACAGUGCCAGUCAGUGACACCUAACAGUGCCAGUCAGUGCUGCCUAUCAGUGCCACCUAUCAAUGCCAUAUAUGAGUGCUGCCUUUCAGUGCUCAUAAGUGAUGCCUGUCAAUGCCCAUCAGUGCCACCUACCAGUGCCUCCUCAUCAGUG